AAUUAGUCCCUUCUUCGACUGCGACUCUUCUUCCUUCCUCUCUCCAACCUCCCGUUGACAUCCGGCUAUAGUCCAUGAAAAAGGUUUCUUCUGUCUUUACUGUAUGGUUCUCAAUUGAGAAUUGCCUGUCCUUACUAUCCUAUUCUUCAUCCUAUAUGCCUUGAAGAACGACUGGUUGGCCUCUGCGGUCUCGAACCUCUCUGGACCUCUAGGCAGACCCCGUUAUCGCACUGACUGCUACCUACGAUUAUCCAUACAUAAUACCUAUCACCUCCUCGAUCCUCGACACAAUGAAACUAUACACCAUUUCCGCUCUAUCCUUAUACCUCAUUUCGACGCAGAUUGGGGCAACCGAGGCGCUGGCGCGUCGGUCCCAGCAGUUCCUUGCGCCACCAGACGAACAACCAAAGCUAUCCAAAAACACGAAUGCUCCUUCAGCUCCUUGGAACAAUGAUUCGUCUAUCAGCACAAGUUUUGAUGACUUGGUCGCAGCGUUGGACACGAUGCAAAAUGACUACUUCGAGCUGUGGCAGGGUACCUGGCCGAGUAGUAUCGACUGGACCGCGGCGGUGCUUGGAACGCAUGUUUCAGCUACUCUUUCUUCGCUGACUUCGUCGAAGGACGAUGCUCUCAUGUCAUCGAUUACUACAGCUUCGGAUGCGAGCGACGAGGACGAGACGUCGAUGUCGGUGGCAAGGAUAACUUCGAUUGCGCUUGAGAACCUGAUCAACCGCUUUUUCGAGCACACUUCGGCGUUUUAUUUCGGGGAGGAUGCGUUUGCGUUGAGGAAUCAGGCUUACGAUGAUAUGCUAUGGGUUGUGCUGGGGUGGUUGGAAAACAUCAAGUUCCAGACGCUGCAUUCGGAUUUGCGUUACACUUCCAAUGUCACAACCGGCGGCUGGCAUGGAACCCAGUUCGAGGUCCCUGCUGCUCAUCGCGCGCGGUUGUUCUACGGUCUGGCGUCGGACGGAUGGGACGUUACGCUUUGCGAUGGCGGGAUGAUCUGGAGCCCAUAUCUGACACCGUACAAGAACGCCAUCACGAAUGAGCUUUACAUUGCUGCAAGUAUUGGGAUGUAUUUGUAUUAUCCAGGCGACGUCAUUGACUCGCCGUUUGUCGCUGAGUCGACUAGUGCGUCGGAUGGAUACCCGCAUAAUCCGAUCCAUCUACAAGCGGCCACGGAGGGAUAUAAAUGGCUCAAGAACUCGAAUAUGACUAGCGAAAACGGACUGUAUGGAGACGGGUUCCAUAUCCGCGGUUGGGAGAGUGUGCAGCAGCCGGGAACGCGCCAGUGUGACGUCCUGAACACCAUGGCUUACACGUAUAACCAAGGAGUGAUCCUCAGCGGGCUUCGAGGACUGUGGCUGGCCACAGGCUCGGAGGAGUAUCUGCGGGAUGGGCACGAGUUGGUGCAGAAAGUGAUACAUGCCACUGGAUGGCCCAAUAAAGGCAACAAGGAGUGGUCAGGCCUCGGUCGCGGCGGUAUUAUGGAAGACACCUGCGACUCAUCCGGCAGCUGCUCACAAGACGGACAAACGUUCAAAAGUAUCUUUUUCCAUCACUUCACCGAGUUCUGUCGGGAAACUCGUCCACAGGAAAAGCGGUUCCUCACGCAAGCAAGGCGGCAAACGCCUAGCCAGGGGACACGCUUGUAUAAAUGGCAUCAGAAUCAGUGCCGCGGCUAUCGAUCAUGGGUAGAACAUAACGCGCAGGCCGCGUUGAAGACCCGGAACGAGCGUGGACAGUUUGGCAUGUGGUGGGGUCCGGCAUAUGGAGCGCAGACGACGGCCGUGAGCAGUAGCCCGCUUGCUCGUGGGGCCAUUGACUACCGCAAUUACAACCAACAAGGCGAGGAUAGUGAAGCGCUGAUUGGGGCGUUGCGCAGCCGGGAUGCUACCGAAGUUCCGAGAAAUGCAAGAACUUGGGCCUAUGACCGGGGGCCGCAUGAAGGAGGUGCAGGUGGCGAGUCUGCAGGCAUGAAGAGCGCCAGCCCACCGCCAGAUUACAACAAUCGAGGCCGAGGACGAACGGUAGAGACGCAGGCUGGAGGGGUUGCGGUGUUGCGGGCGUUGUACGAGUGGCGUCAGAUGGCUUGAACAAAAGUACUUUUGCAUUUUUACCAUAUCGGGAUGGGAUGGACGGAGUUCUGGUUGGACAUUGUUAUUUCUUGUUUUCUAUUAGUAUUGAUAUUCUCGAUCCGAGUCAUGAAUAAUGAAUGAUGCGUUGUCAACCGUCGGUG